UCUUUUGCUGGUUGUAGUGCUGGUAGAGGUUUUUAUGACCUGUUGCUUAGCAACUUUUAUCAACAGCAGCAAAGCACUUUCCCUUUCCUUAACCUUGUUAAAGUUAGGCUUGGUCACCUCUAGCACUCAUCAGCAGAGGAAAAUAAUUUCUAAAGUAAGGUAAAGUUGCUGCUCAGAAUCUGAGCUGCAGGAUGAGCUAUCUCUUCUUAGCUCCUGAAUUGGCUUUGCCCUUUAGUCCUCUCUCCCCUCAAGCUUUUGAAGAAAUCCAACGUCAUGCCGGGGAAGCCUGGAGACGGGAGGCUCAAAGAGAGGCCAACUGUGCAACAACAUAUUCUGCUGGUUAUGGAAAAAAGGAGCUGGCUGAAUCCGCAAGGUGCAGAACCAAACCCUCCUCUCCUACCAGGAUAAACAGACCUCAUCCACCAGAAGUGUUUAUGGUAAACAAGCUUCAUUAUAUACCUGGACAUUACAACAGUGAUAAACAAACUGCUGCAGAUGACAAAGGCAAAUGCUAUGAACAUCCAGGUUACAGAGAGGAUUCUAAAUAUGUCAGACAACGGGUAGUGUAUCAAAAUAUGUACUCUGGUGCUUCAAAGUCACAUCAGGCAGCUCAGAACUGGAUAAAACAUGCCAGUGAAAAUGAGGGCAGAAAUAUUGAGAAAACAAAAAAUUUUGCAGCAGAAAGUCAGAAGAUGCAGACUAUACCACACAAGGCAACUUCCCAGCAGAGUAACAAGCCCGAGUUUGUUGUUUCAAUGAAUCACUGGUUGAAGAAAGCUGGAAAAGAAGAAACAGCUGAAGUGGAGAGCGCGAGGCAAUCUUUUCUCAAACGUAACUGAUUAUGCAGCAAGGGCGAUGUAAAAAAUAGAAGCACCUUUCCUAUAACAUAACUAGUUACCAAUUGACGCAGGAGCAGGAUUAAACACAAGACUGAGAAAGCA